GCUUCUCCUGUAACCGUACCUCGUGUACCACUAUGACAGACCACAGAAAGCUUGUCCUCGCGCUGGACAUCUACGGAACGAUUCUGGAUACUGGGAACAUCACUUCCGGGAUCAGGACGCACAUGCAAUGCUCUGACGAAACCGCGACUCAACUCAGCCAAAUGUGGCGGAGGUAUCAACUUGAGUAUACGUGGCGGCUCAACUCCAUAGGUUUCUAUGAGCCUUUUGAUGUCGUCACAAGGAACAGCCUCAAGCAUGCUUCUGCUGAGACUGGACUAGCUCUUUCGGAUGAUACAAUCGAGAUGUUGAUGAACGAAUAUAAUCAUCUCUCUCCAUAUGGAGAUGCUGUACAGGCACUCGAGGAGCUGAACCGCCUGGAAAAUGUCGAACUAAUGAUUUUCAGUAACGGCACUGAAAAGAUGGUAUCCACGGCCCUUCAUGCAUCCUUGCCGCAAGCACUCCUCCCUCUCCCGUUGUACCUCGUCGAUGAAGUUAAACGUUACAAGCCAGCAACUGAGGUUUACGACGGCCUUGCCAACAAGGUCAAAAGUCUCUCUUCCUCGGAUGGCGACCGAGCCGACAUUUGGCUUGUCAGCGGGAAUCCGUUUGACGUGACCGGGGCCCGUGCGGCAGGGCUUGGUGCGUUUUGGGUCGACCGAGCUGCGAAGGGCUGGACAGAUCAGCUCCCGCUCCCUCUGAACGGCACCGGUCCGCUCAAAAUCGUUCACAGCUUGAGUGAUCUUGCAGCCGUCGUGGAAAGCAUGUCGUAGAUCACGUCAGCUAUCAAGCAGAGAGGAGUCGAUGUG